CUUGUUAUGUUUUGAUAUCGGGAACUUCGGGAAGUAAGGCCGUCAUGGUUCAUGAGGAACUCUCGGCCCGUCUCAACGACAGAGGGUACAAAAACUGGGUGAAAGCAGGCCAGUGUCUGGUCAUCCUGAAGAACGGACUGCACCCCUUCAUCAGCUGCCACAUGAAGGCUUUCCACGGAGACCUGCUCAAUCAAAACGCUCUCCUCCGGAAACCGUGUGAGACUCAUUCAUGCAAGCCCAAAGGGAAUAAGCUCUCCUCAGCAUGCAGGACAUGUUCAGAGUGGCAGAAAGUGAUCCUGAGACACCACCGACAGCCAGAAGCCACAGUGAACUGGGAUAACUGUUACCCUACCAACUGGAGAACAGACCACUGGGAACUGGCCAAGGCCUACAUGCCUCGGGGUCAGGGGAAAGUGAAGGGGACCGAUCAAUGUGAUCCCUCAGCUCUGCUCAACCUGAUCAACUACUGUGACUGUUUCCUGUCUGUGGAUCCAAAAGUUGUGAGAGAGGUGAUUCGUUACAGGAACGAGUUGAUGCAUUCCUGUGAGUUGCGUGUGAAAGAUGAAUGGAUGACACACUUUCAGAAUGCUUUGACAAAGCUCAUGCGGCAGUUCAGCAACGUGCAACAGAUGGCAGAAGUUGGAAAACAGAUCGAGGAGAUGCUGUCUGUUGAUUUGUCAAUACAUGUCUCGGGUUUGGACUUCAUCGAUUCUGCCGUCAUGGAUGGAUUGGAGUGUGAUUCUGUCAACCAAAGGGAGCCCAGCCCUGACUUAAUCAGACAAUGGGAAGCUGACUUGCUACAAGAGAGGCUGCAGGAGUUACUGCACGCUGCUGAUCACGAUACACAGGACACUGAGCAGCUGAAGAGUCUGAGCAGCUUCCUCCAGGCCAACAGAGAUCUGGGAGAAAGGUUUUCUGCAGAGCUCCAAGCCAUCGACUCACUGCAGGCCAAAGAAUAAUAAGAAGGAGGGGAGGGGAAAAAAGAUAGAUGAGAAUAUUGUGCAAUAUCAUUUUAUAUUUACUAUCGAAAAUAAGUCGAGGUCAGAAUUGAAGCAGGUUAGCACGAUAGUUAGUGCUUAAAAUAAUAAGAAUGUAAAAGAAAAUCUGAGGGAGAGAAACUGCCUCUGCAGGAACUUUGGCAUUUAAGUAUUUGCAGACCAUUUAAAUGCAAAAAAACCUUUAUAACACACUACAGGAAAGGGAAAGCCCCAAAAGCGUAAUAGGGCCCCUUUAAAAGUCCAAAUUGUAAAUAAAGAUGGAAUUGACGGUUACAGUUGUUUACAGUAGUUGUGUAAAAGCACAGGCUGUACUUAUCACAUACAAGUAUCAGCAAAGUAUUCCACCCAACUUUUAAUGUGUAAAAUGCACUGUCAUAAAGAUAAUAAACAACUCUGACCCAUAAUUGUAGGAAGUACCAUUUGACUUGAACCCACAUUGAUGUGCAAAAACAAGCUCAGUCUGAUCUUAUCCCUUCUUUUAAACUUCUCCUUUAUCUUUUUUUUUUUUAACACAAUUGCGAGAAAACACAUUUCUGCUUAUUUUUGCCCUUAUACAUUAUUCUCUUCCUGUCUGAUAUUGCCUUACACAUAAAAUAAUGUCCCUAGUCAUUUUUACACAGCUUAUACAAGGGUAUCAAAUAAACACUGACCCUGGAUCUGUUCUUGGUAUCGGCCGGUACCCAAUAAAACAUGGACAGAAAAGUGGGGUUGGUGCAUACCUAAGAAGAAAUGUGUCAUGCUAGCUGGUCUAUGUUUUUAAAAAAAGAAAGAAAGAAUUUGUUGGGAAUUUAUGUAAUUUUACAUUUUUUAAUUAUGUUUUUAAACCAAACUUAAUUUAGCUUAUUAGCUAAGGGUCUGGUUUAUGAAACAGCUUUAUUAACCCUGUUCAGUUUGACUGACUUGCUGGAUUAAAUCUAUUGAAAAUGCCAAAAUUGUGUAACUGGCUCUACUGGCUCCCAUGUUCACGAUAAGGGAUUUUUAAAGUUAAUUAAUUUCAAUAUUAUUUUUUUCGAAUUUCAUUAAACUGGUUUGGUGCCCCUCCAAA